GUCCCCAUCUCCUACAUCGCUCAGUGUUUUCAGUCCCUCUGACAUCAAACAGCUGCACAUCAGAAGAUGCAGGUGGGCACAAGAUAUCCGUGAGAAAAAGACCCUGGCACUUCUAUUAGCAGAAAAUUUAAAACUUUUCAACGUAUAAUAAAUGGUGUGAUCACAGUGGGGUUGGUGCAACUAUCGCAGAUGAACUACUCAACCAGAAGAUGAACUACUCAGACAUGUCUCCUGUGCAUCUUUUAUCACGUCAAGGGAGUAACUGCAGCCAGAGCAGUGACAACGAAACUGAAACCUUUUAUGAUGCUGUUGAGGAACUUUCAGACAUGCCUGACAGUUUCGCAGAGAACUGUAUGAAUGCUGGUAUCAUUGACAUGCAUGGCUUAAUUAAAAGCCCCGAGAACCUUGUGACAGAAGGACAUCAGGUUAACAAAAAUGGUGAAUUACUACAGUCUCUGAUGAGCCAAGGUUCACCCGUUGAUCUGAAGGAUGAAUCUGAGACCAGUAUCCAAAGAAAAGACUUGGGGGCUGAUUCUAAAAAUGGCUGCUGUUUCUCUAUCAGGCUGAAUGCAGGUGAGAUUCCUGAGGGUGAGAAUAAAGAAACAAUUUUGGAUGAACUGGAGAAUUCUGAUGUUACCACAGAGGGCUCUUGCACUCUGUGUCAGCGAAAAUGGAAGGACUGUGCAUCCCCAGCCUCAAAAGAAGAUGGUACUGCCAUCAACAAGCCCACAAAUGUGGCGUAUAAGCAUAAAAAAAACAAAAAGGAGCAAUUGUCAGGUUAUGCCACAGGAGUGGAGUCUGACAUUGGCUGGCUUGACAAUGAUUCAGAGAAGAAGAGACCAUUUUUUGUGGAAGAAUGGAAAAGCACACUGUCUGACAUGGUUAUUACCAUCUCUGACUGCCUAGACAAAUUUAUUUCUGUGCUCAGUCAGAUAAUGUCAGCCACGGCCAGCAAAGACCAAACCAUCAAGCUUCAACAGAAUCAAGAGGACACCUUCCCAGCAGAGGAGGUAUUUUUACCAGCACAGACUAAAGACCACAAUGAGUUGACAAUGCAAAUGGGAGAGAUCUUGGGGGAUGUGAAGGAAUCAUCACCAGCCCAGGAAGAAAAAGAGAUAAGGGGGGAACCCGUCACAGAACAGUGCUGGCCCAUUCAGAGAAACUCAGAGAAAGAAGGUUUUUUGGGUCAGCACUAUGCUGUGGACUUGCUGAAGCAACAGUUUGAGUCAGAUGUGUCUGGAUACUUCACAGCUGCAAGCUUAAGUAAGAAUAGCACAGAAAUCCUUCCCCAAAGGAGAAUCGAGCCUCUAAGAGAGACAGCUGUGGAAAGUGAAAAUCAGAGAAAGUUUUUUUUAUGUGUGGAUAAUAAAAUGGUCAGGAUACCUGAAUGCCAAGGAACCUGCGAGGAACCACAAACCCAAGAGCCAGAGAUCACAUCACUUUUGAUGAUGACAGAGGAAAGAUUUUCUCAAUCUGUAGUGGAUGUCAGGGAAGAGGCGGAAAGUAGAUAUUGGACAGUAACAUCCUCACAAGACUCUAAGAGGCUGAAUGAGGGCUUGAGAGAGGAUGUGAUGUGUUCCACAUUGCACUUCAAAACAGACUUCCUCAGUGAGCAGUACUUUGGCGAAAACCAGCCAGUCAGGAUUAUGACUGAGGAGUUCCACUUUGGUGAGGGCAUGCAUCGCCGGGCUUUUCGUACAAAACUGCUGGUGGGUCUGUCACCCAUAUUCACCCCAGGACACCCCUGUGUGCUUAAGGUGCACAAUGCCUUAAGCUAUGGAACAAAUAACAGUGAGGAGCUCAUCUGCAAGAACUACAAGCUAGCUGUUGAGGAAUGCUAUGUUCAGAACACGGCCAGAGAAUACAUCAAAGCUUAUACAGAGGUCGCCAGGACUGCUGUGGCUUUUGGAGAGGUUCCUGAAAUCAUUCCGAUAUACCUGGUGCACCGACCCUCAAAUGACAUCCCAUAUGCCACCCUGGAGGAAGAGUUGGUGGGUGAUUUUGUAAAAUACUCUGUGAAGGAUGGGAAGGAGAUUAACUUCAUGAGACAGGAUUCAGAGGCAGGGCAGAAAUGCUGCACCUUUCAGCACUGGGUCUUCCACAAGACAGAAGGAAACCUUCUAGUCACUGACAUGCAAGGUGUAGGAAUGAAGUUAACUGAUGUGGGGAUUUCAACUUGUACAAAAGGAUAUAAGGGGUUCAGAGGCAACUGUCCUGCAUCUUUCAUUGACCAGUUCAAAGUGCUCCACCAGUGUAACAAAUUCUGUGUCCUACUGGGACUGAAAUCUCUUCAAGCCAGUCAACAAAUGCUCAAAGGUUGCAGUGGUGAGCUGAGCAUGCAGAUUCUUUUUAUACAACAUCCAAAGGAUUCAUCCCUACCUCACUAUGUAUUCUAUGUAGCUCUUACUUCAGGCCCUGGUUUUUCUCAUGCCUGGACUACUUGAACUCCCUCAGUGCUUGUCUUCCUGCCUGUGCCAUCAAACACCUACAACUAAUCUAGAAUGCAGUUGCAUGACUUGUCUACAAUCUUGCUAUACGUUGUCAAGUCACACCCCUCCUCACCUCACUUCAUUGCCUUCCUGUUAUCACUUGCAUCAUGUUCAAAACCUUGGUGAUGGCAAACAGGACAGUGAAUGGAAAAGCCCCUUCAUUCCUACUCAGUCCUCAAACUGUAUGCACUCCUCAGAUCACUACACUCUACAAUCAGUAUUGUUAUUGCUCUUAUUGGUUUCAUAAAGUGCAUUUUUGUAAUUCUCCACAUUGAAAAGGAGGGAUGCCUUGUGAUCAGGAAAGCUUCUAUUCAGACCAAUAAGGGGUUGAGGGCACUUCUGUUGUCAAGAAGUCAC